AUGGUGAUAGGUUAUAGUCUUACAUUGUUACCUAAAGCUUUACACAAGUUAAAUAGUAUCUUGCAGUCCAGUGGUGUUGUGAUGUCCGUAGGAGCGACGGAGACUGCCGGACGGCGUUGGCGCCACUCGUGCGUGCGCGUGUGUGUGUGGGUGGGAGUGCGUGUGAGCCUGUGCGUGUGUGGGGAGGAGCGGAGGAGGGGACCUCGAAGGAAUCAUGCAUCCGAACGCUCGGGCGUGGGCGUUCGCCUGGCUGCUGGCGAGCGUGUUGACGACGUGCGUCGCCCAGAAGCGAUGCUAGAUUGUUUGAGACUUAUUGCGAAAAAUGAAGCCGAUUUCGGAAUAUUUCAACCAGAAGACUUGGUAGUAGCGACAAGAGAUAAAGCUGGAGACUUCGUUAUCACUCACAACAUACAAGAUUUUCAGACAGAUUACGAAUACAAACUGGUUGUCAUAGUACGCAAGAGUGCAAACAUUAAGUCCUUGCGCGAUUUAAAGAACCAAAACCUGUGCCACCCUGGGCACGGUUACACCACGGACUGGACGGAAGUCGAAGGAAAGUUUUUUGAGGAGCGCGUUGUUCCACAAACCUGUGAUUUUGAUCUAACUAUAUACGAGAAUUUUAUAAAAUCGUCGUCAACAUUUUUUCGAGCUGCGUGCAAAGCUGGUCCCUGGGUACCAGAUUCCAAACUUGAUGCAGCGCUAAAGAUGAAGUAUAGCAACUUGUGCAGCCUUUGCGACCAACCGAAGCGGUGUUCCGAGAAAGAAAAGUAUUGGGGUCGCACGGGACCGCUGUAUUGUCUCACAGAUGUCUUUGGAGAUGUCGCAUGGGCUCGACUGGACGACGUACAAAUUCACUUUGGGUUAUCAUCUGAAAUUAAUGGAGUUGCUAAUCCUGAUGACUACAGCUUUCUCUGUGAAGAUGGUUCUCUGCAGCCUUUGAACAAUUCAAACCCAUGUUCUUGGCUGGAUCGCCCUUGGCCAGCCAUAAUGGCUCAACGGUAUGCUGCUGUAGGAAUUCAAAAGCUAAUAGCUUCAUUAAAAGGUAAUGUUGAAAACAAAUGGCAACAGGCCAUUCGACAACUGCUGGAUGCUGAUAGACUUAAAUUAGUUCCACUCAGUACCACAAAAAUUCCUGAAGAUUAUUUAAGAUCAGGAUUCUUAAGUGCCAAUUCUAUAAUUCACUGUGAUCGGCAUGUUAAAUUGUGCACUUACUCAGAAUUGACAAAUGCAAAAUGUAAUUGGAUUAGCGAAGCAGCUAAAGCAAAUGGUGUGAAGCCAGAUAUUGUUUGUGAAGAGCAUGAUAACAUUGAAAAGUGCAUGGAUGAUGUUAGUCAUGGAAACUCAGAUGCUGUAAUUGUUGAAAGUAACCUCCUGAAAAUUGCUUCAAGAAAGUAUAACCUUAUUUCAGUUCUCUAUGAGCACAUUAACUUGGCUAGCACUGCCUACAACAUAGCAGCUGUGGUUUUGGCUAGUUCAUCAAUAAAAAGUUUGGAGGAUUUACAAGGCAAAAGAGCUUGUUUCUCACAAUAUGAUGGUACUGAUUCUGCAAGUCUUGAAAAAUUUAGUGGAGAAUAUGGUGCUCUGGAAUGCCUUCGAUCUGGGAGAGGAGAUGUGGCAUUUGUUCCACAGAAAUUUAUUUUCAAUGGAACAGAUACUAAUUGGCCUGCUUCUCAUAAAUACAAAGAAUUUGUUCUUGUAUGCCCUUCCAACAAUACAAAGGAAUGUUCUCUUAGUCGAACAACACCUGGUCAGAUAAUGGUAAAGUCGGAUAUUUCACCAACUAAGUUAAGAGAAGUAAAAAUGGUAUUCGAAUACAUUAGCAACCAGUUUGGUAGACACCCAAAGCAAAAUAAGCCAAUUUUCAAGAUUUUUGCUCCUUUUGAUGGUCACAAAAACAUCCUAUUUCAUGAUGAAACGGAGAGUCUAGAGGAUGAUGACUUUCAUACAUUACAUGGUUCACCAAUAAGUUAUCACAAAAUAAUAGAAGAUUCUAUUGAAUGCUCAACAGCUUCAUUGAAAUUGUCUAGCUAUAUUCUUUUGACAGUUACAUUGGUUAUUUUCUUAUGUGCUCUAGUCUGAGAAGAGUGAUUUUAUUUUAAAAAGAAAUGCAACUCAGGGAAUUUUACUUUAGAACAUAGUAAAAAGUGAUUUUAUUCUCAAAUUUUAUCACUUGUUUAAUUAAAGUAUUAAAAAAAGUUAAAAGGGAUAAAAAAAAGGAGAGAGGAAAUGGUGAACUUGGAUGCGUUAGCCUUCUGUUUGAAUGUUGAGAUACUUUUUUUCCUACUAAUUUUUGUACAAACUAAUAAAUUAUGUUAUUAAAUAAAGUAUGUAAAGAAUUGUGAUGUGAAUGUGUUUCCUUCUUUAUUGUAAAGUGAAGUUACAAAUAAGAGUAUGCAGUGGUAAUAAAGAUUAGAACAAGGUGAUUUUAAUGUGUUUUGG